AUGUUCGCAGUGAACUUGUUGGAUGCUUUGGCGGAGGCAGCCGUUCUUCUCAUGUUUGAUUUGGCUCCAACCUCCACAUGCGGCGAUGAGGACAGCGAUGGCGACUUCGGCAGGGCGCGAUUUACAGGGGUGAACAGCUGGAGUUCGUUGGACUCCUGCAUCCCGCGAAGUCAUAUGAAUGCAGUGACAUCCGUAAACAACAGUACGUUGACCCCACCACAAUCCCCGUCAAUUGCCAGCGGCAGUUUUGUACAAUUGACCACGGAGGAGCUUCAGACGUCGUUAUUAGAGUCGCCAAUAGGUGGCUUAGAUCACCAUUGCCGGAGCACGGAGCAUGAACGUGGCAGCAGUCUGGCAAGCACGAUUUCCGGUUGGACUGUACCUGUACGGUCACUUCGGCCAAAUUAA